AUGGCUACCGUAACGCAGGUCAAUGACCUGCCUCUGCCCAUCCUGCCCGAGGGAUGGAGCGCCGAAAAGGACUUCAAAGCUAUCGGCAAGCUCUCUGGCGCUGUCCAGCGCAGCAUUGAGCCCGUUGGACCUCACUUCCUGGCUCAUGCCCGCCGAGCUCGCCACAAGCGUACCUUCUCCGAGGACGACCGCAUCCAGGCUCAGGAGAGCGCCAAGAAGGUUGAGGAUGCUGAUGAGAGCGACGAGAGCGAGGCUGAGGACCCUAUGAUGCUGCAACGCGAAGCCAAGGACUGGAAGACGCAAGAUCACUACAAGAUCCUCGGCAUCUCCAAGUACCGAUGGAAGGCCACCGAGGACCAGAUUAAGAAGGCGCACCGUAAGAAGGUCCUCAAGCACCACCCUGAUAAGAAGGCUGCCCAGGGCCGCACCGAAGACGACCAAUUCUUCAAGUGUAUCCAAAAGGCCACCGAGGUUCUCCUUGACCCCGUCAAGCGCCGCCAGUACGACUCUGUCGACGAGGAAGCCGAUGUCGAACCCCCUACCAAGAAGCAGCUCCAGAAGGGUGACUUCUACAAGCUCUGGAGCAAAGUCUUCAAGUCCGAGGCUCGAUUCUCCAAGACUCACCCCGUACCCACGUUUGGCAACUCCGAAUCUAACAAGGAGCACGUUGAGGAUUUCUACAACUUCUGGUACAACUUUGACUCAUGGCGCACCUUUGAGUACCUCGAUGAGGAUGUUCCCGAUGACAAUGAAAACCGUGACCAGAAGCGCCACGUCGAGCGAAAGAACGCCAAUGCCCGCAAGAAGAAGAAGGCCGAGGACAACGCCCGUCUCCGUAAGCUGCUAGACGAUGCUUCUGCCGGCGACGAGCGUAUCAAGCGCUUCCGACAGGAGGCCAACGCUGCUAAGAACAAGAAGCGUUUCGAAAAGGAGGCCGCCGAGAAGAAGGCUGCUGAGGAGGCCAAGGCUCAGAAGGAAGCCGAGGAGAAGGCCAAGGCCGAUGCUGAGGCUAGUGCCAAGGCGGACCGAGAGUCUGCAAAGAAGGCCAAGGAGGCUGCUAAGAAUGCCGUCAAGAAGAACAAGCGUGUGCUCAAGGGCUCCGUCAAGGAUGCCAACUACUUUGCUGCCGGUGGCGAUGCUUCUGCUGCCCAGAUUGACGCUGUCCUGGGUGACGUCGAGCUUGUUCAGGCCAAGAUUGACCCUGAUGAGAUUGCUGCUCUUGCUGGAAAGCUGAAUGGUCUUACUGUUGCUGAUAAGAUCAAGGCUGUUUGGUCCGACGAGGUUAAGAGACUUGUUGGCGCUGGCAAGCUCAAGGAUGGUGAAGUCAAGACUCUUGCGUAA